CAUUCAAAUCACUUCACGUUAGUCAAACUGAAACAGAACUUCAGUUCACUGUUGGCGGCACUGCUCGACGGACGGUAGCGAUAGUGCGCUCCGAUUUUUAGUAAUACUGAAAAAUGGGACACAAGGUGGUGAUUCUGUGAAUGCAAUGACAGUGUUUUAGUUUAGAUCGAUUUGUUUUUGGAAACUUGUAGUUCCUUUAAUUUAAAUAUUUAUUUUGUGUUGUGUAUUGUGUUGUGACUUUACCAAAGACUUUUACCAAAAUGAUUAUGUUACAAGUAAAGAAAAAGGCUACGGUAUUCUUCGUAGCCUUCUUUGCCGCCGUAUUUGGCGAAAUCACCUACAAAGACCAAAGAAUAGCUUCACAAAAUGAUCUCACAUCCUAUCAGAGGCUGGAAAAGACUGAAAAUAAAGAAGACUGUAGCCCACCUUUCAACUUCCGGUGUCAAAACGGUGCCUGUAUCAAUUCCAUCAGAAGUUGCGACGGAACGGUGGACUGUCCGGACGGAAGUGACGAAACCUACCGCUUGUGUCGGGGAAAUAGAUGUCCGAUGCAGUGGUUCCGAUGCGCGUACGGUGCAUGCGUCAACGAGUCGUCAGUCUGCAACGGUGUCAGGGACUGCGCUGACUACUCCGACGAGCAGGGCUGCAGGGAGUACGACAAAGGUUUUAGCUUUAAAUGCGACAACGGGCAGCUAAUAGAUACGUUCUCGCGCUGCGAUGGUGUGAUGCACUGCCGGGACGGGUCCGACGAGACGGCGCGCGCGUGUGCGGGCGACGGCUGCUCCGCGCACCAGUUCAAGUGCGCGUACGGCGCCUGCGUCGACAGGAACGCGCUGUGCGACCGCUUGACGGCGCGCGCGUGUGCGGGCGACGGCUGCUCCGCGCACCAGUUCAAGUGCGCGUACGGCGCCUGCGUCGACAGGAACGCGCUGUGCGACCGCUUGACGGCGCGCGCGUGUGCGGGCGACGGCUGCUCCGCGCACCAGUUCAAGUGCGCGUACGGCGCCUGCGUCGACAGGAACGCGCUGUGCGACCGCGUUUCCGACUGCGCCGAUGGGUCCGAUGAGACCGAUUUGCUCUGCACGCAGAUGAUACCGCGGACAGGAACUAGUCUCGUACCCAAACAGCUGUUGUCAUGCGUGAUGCCGGAGCACCCCGCGCACGGGCGCUACGUGCCGCGCGGGCAGCGGGCGCUGCGCCCCGGCGCGGCGGAGACGCUGCUGGUGCUGGACGCGCGCUGCGAGCCGGGGUACAGGCUCGUCGGCAGCAAGCAGCUCAUAUGCUACUACGGCACCUGGCUCACUGACAGCUUCCCGUCGUGCGCGCGUGAGUAUCUCGAUCUCGUGUUGAGAGGGGUAGCGCGCUGCGAGCCGGGGUACAGGCUCGUCGGCAGCAAGCAGCUCAUAUGCUACUACGGCACCUGGCUCACUGACAGCUUCCCGUCGUGCGCGCGAACGUGUAAGUUGGAAGAGUCUCCGAGCGUUGAAUACCGCUGCCGGGUGGACUCCCCCCACUCUGAUGAAACGCGGCCCUGCCAGCAGUACGAGGCCGAGGGGGUGGUAGUGCAGCCCCGGUGCCGCGCGCACUACUACAGCGCGGUGGAGCUCGGCUACAUGUGUUGCAUCAACGGCCAGUGGAAUUACAAGCCCAAGUGUGCUGCCGAGUGCGGCACCCUGCCGGCGGGCCCGAACCCGCUCAUGGCGGGCGGAGAGCCGGCCGCGCGGGGCGAAGUCCCCUGGCACUCCGGCGUGUACAUGUACAAGUUGCAGACGCCGAAGCUGAUCUGCGGCGGCUCGCUCAUCAGCCACGAAGUCGUUCUAUCAGCCGCACACUGCUUUUGGGACGAGUCAAAGGUGAAGAAGUUAUCCGAGUCUCUGUUCGAGAUUGCCGUCGGCAAGUUGUACAGCGACUGGAACCACCCGCGCGACGCGGGACAUGCGCAGAUAUCCAAGGUUAAGGAGAUACACCUGUCCCCCGACUUCAUGGGCCAGGAGCUGCUGUUACAGGACGACCUGGCCGUGGUCGUGCUGGUGACGCCCUUCGAGUACCGGCUGCACGUGCGCCCCGUCUGCCUGCACUUGGACGACUAUGCGUUCAACGAGUGGCAGCUGAGGGAGGGCAACCUCGGCAAGGUACGUGCUGGUGACGCCCUUCGAGUACCGGCUGCACGUGCGCCCCGUCUGCCUGCACUUGGACGACUAUGCGUUCAACGAGUGGCAGCUGAGGGAGGGCAACCUCGGUACGUGCUGGUGACGCCCUUCGAGUACCGGCUGCACGUGCGCCCCGUCUGCCUGCACUUUGACGACUAUGCGUUCAACGAGUGGCAGCUGAGGGAGGGCAACCUCGGCAAGGUACGUGCUGGGAGGGCAACCUCGGCAAGGUACGUGCUGGUGACGCCCUUCGAGUACCGGCUGCACGUGCGCCCCGUCUGCCUGCACUUGGACGACUAUGCGUUCAACGAGUGGCAGCUGAGGGAGGGCAACCUCGGCAAGGUGGCGGGGUGGGGUCAGACCGGCGUGGGGGACGCGAAGGCCGACAUUCUGAAGGUGGUGGACCUUCCGUUCGUGCCCACGGACCAGUGCAUGCGCGCCGGGACCCGCGGGGAAGCGCAGUACCUCAUCGGGGAGAAGAUCUGUGCCGGCUUCGCCAACGGAACUGCUCUCUGUAAAGGCGACAGUGGGGGAGGUCUGGCGUUCCCGGCUCAAGUUCAAGGCGUCACUCGCUAUUAUAUCCGAGGCAUAGUGUCGUCCAGUCCACAUGGCCGCGGCAAUUCUUGCAACACAAAAGCCUUCACCAGCUUCGAGAAAGUGAUGAAACACGCGAAGAUGAUCAAACUCUACUGGAGGCAAUGAUUUGUGCAUUCAUCACCUAAAGCAAGAGGUCUCAACCACUAUGUGCGUACAUUCAAAAUACAUUCCUCAGGUAUAGGCACCGGCGUUUAAGUUGGACUCAAGAAAACAUUCUCAUUGGACUCAAAAUGUCUCAAGAAAACAUUCUCAUUAAACUCAAGUUGUCUCAAGAAAACAUUCUCAUUAAACUCAAGUUGUCUCAAGAAAACAUUCUCAUUGGACUCAAGUUGUCUCAAGAAAACAUUCUCAUUGGACUCAAGUUGUCUCAAGAAAACAUUCUCAUUAAACUCAAGUUGUCUCAAGAAAACAUUCUCAUUAAACUCAAGUUGUCUCAAGAAAACAUUCUCAUUAAACUCAAGUUGUCUCAAGAAAACAUUCUCAUUGGACUCAAGUUGUCUCAAGAAAACAUUCUCAUUGGACUCAAGUUGUCUCAAGAAAACAUUCUCAUUGGACUCAAGUUGUCUCAAGAAAAAAUUCUCAUCGGACUCAAGUUGUCUCAAGAAAACAUUCUCAUUAAACUCAAGUUGUCUCAAGUAAACAUUCUCAUUAAACUCAAGUUGUCUCAACAAAACAUUCUCAUUAAACUCAAGUUGUCUCGAGAAAACAUUCUCAUUGGACUCAAAAUGUCUCAAGAAAACAUUCUCAUUGGACACAAGUCCCCGGCCCACCCUCUUUAUACGCCUAUGGGGGUAUAAAGUCCCUACAACUUGAGACAUGUUUUCAUACAUUUCCUAACGUUUAAUACGAUUCGUCAUCCCGUUUAAUACGCCUACAUGUCACACGUGUGUAAUUCCAAAUGCGACAAAUAAAUUACAACAGAUAGAUAAGGACAUCAUAAAGGUCUUCUAACUCACUGCAAAAGUAAAUUUCGUAAUAGGGAUGAUGACAGUUUUUUGAAUUGUAUAUAAAUUAAGAGUACGCUAAUAGUAAAGCAAUUUUGUAAAAGUAACAGGGUAUCUGCGAUCAUUACUUUCGGAGCUACAGGGAUUUAAAGGGUCAGCUUUGCGGAUCCCUGAAAAACGCCCCAUACAAAAUGGCACGAACUAAUGACGUCGUAGGUAAUGUAAUGAUCCUUAGAUUUGUAUGUACGUACAAACAAAAUUACUAAUAUCUUUGUUAUUUGUGCGUUUAUGUUUAUAGUUCAAAUAUUGAAAAAUGUCACAUUUAAUGUAAGGAAGGAAUUUUAUAAUCUCAUUUAUUUUGCAAAUAUCCAGACAAUCUUUUUUUUUAUGUAUAAAUUAGUUAACAUUGACCUUAUUUACCCGAAUGUAUCAUAAAAAUCAAUAUAUUCAAACCUAGUCAUCAUCCCCAUUGCUAAUGCAUCAAAAUCUUUUUGUCAUACCAGAAUAAGUGAUUACUUUAAGAAGCAUAAUUAGGUAGUCUUUACACCAAAUACACUAAUUUACACUAAUUUUACUUAGACUUUCCCGUCUAAGACGCGUUUUUAGUUGGGUCCCUGCGACAUCGCUUUAAACGGGUUCUACUGUAUAUGCAAUCGCUUCCCAUUUAAAAAAUCUUGCAAUGAUGAAAGUUUUUUUUUUUUUUUUUUAAAAAAAAGAAUAUUUGCCAAAUUUUUAAAUAUGACCAAUAUUCCCAUUCCCCUCCAACUAGUCGGGAAAGACUGUGCUAGGAGUGGGUACGACAAUAGACCAACGGGGCGGGGAUCGAACCAACACCCCUCGGUGGUGAGUCCGACCGCUCUUACCGUUGAGCUAUUGAGGCUCUAAAGGUGUACGAUUUAAGAAUCUGUUGAUGACGAAGUCCAUUGUACCCCUGUGUCUUUUUGUUCACAUUUUUGUGCUAAUGUAUAGAACUAUAGUUCGUGCGCUGUAGCAUGGUGCAGGUGACGGUUCACCCUUGAAAGAUUGCCGCGAUUGACGAUAAUAGCACGUAUUAUGGACAUCAUAAACUGUCACCCGCACCAUGCUACAGCGUAUACUGUAUAGAAGAAUAAAUAAAUAAAUGCAAUCACAUUCCAUGCAGAGUUCGUCACUGUUAUGAUCUACCCAGUGAAACUCUGUCAUCUUCAGAAUAUUUAUGAAAAGUUUUUUAGCUUAAGAUCUCAUUGGUGCCUUUCAUUUUUAUCUACUUCUGAGGAAUGACCAACAGGUUGUGCUAAAGUACAGAACUAGAAGUAUAAGUAUUAAGUAGUAUAUGCAAUCGCUUCCUAUUUAAAAUAUCUUGCCAUAAUCUCUAUCACUAUUCUAAUUUAUCUAUACAUAGAAGUGUAUCGAAUCGCUUCCUAUUUAAAAAAUCUUGCCAUAGUCUCUAUGAGAUGAUGUCACUAUUCUAAUUUAUCUCCUGAAACACUCCAGUCACCUUUAGAAUAUUAUGAAAAGCUUGUUUAGUUUAAGAUCUCAUACGUAUAUUUAAUUCUUAUACACUUCUGAGGAAGGACCAACAUGUUGUGCUAAAGUACAGAACUAGAAAUAUAAACACCCAUUUUCAUCUAAUUACGAUAAAAGAUUUUUAAUAGAUUUUGUAAUUUUAUAAUCUCAUUUAUUUUGCAAAUAUCCAGACAAUCUUUGCUUUUUAUGUAUAAAUUAGUUGACAUUGACCUUAUUUACCCGAAUGUAUCAUAAAAAUCAAUAUAUUCAAACCUAGUCAUCAUCCCCAUAGUAAUCUACCUCCUGCAGCACUCCAGUCACCUUCUGAAUAUUAUGAAAAGCUUUUUUGUUUACGAUCUCAUUGGUGCCUUUUGUACUUAACCACUUCUGAGGAGUGACCAACAUGUUGUGCUAAAGUACAGAACUAGAAGUAUAAGCAUAAUCAAUAGCAAAGCUUAAUAAGUAUAAGCUUUUUUUUUAAUGCCCCACUUGCACCACCGUACGAAGAAGGUUGUCUUCUAGUAAAUGAGAAUUUAACAUAAAAAGGAAAUAUUGAAAAAAAUAUACCCCGAUCUGGAAACGAUAUAAAACUAAAAAAAAUCUAAUCUUUCUUAUAAUUAUUAUCCGAACUUAAAAAUAACAGAAAAUACAAAAUAUAUUUUCUUUGGCUGUACGGUGUAAUACUUUUGCCGUUUCAUUAUGACUGAGAAAAAAAACAUUACAAAAAUUGCAGUAAACAAAUGUUUUGUUUUUUUUUUUUGAUAUUGUGUUUCUCUAAAUGAACGUUGUAUUGCCGUAGUCUAAAAACUCAUCGAUAUAAAAUAAAUCUUACUGCCAUUUAUUAAAUUAAUAAUUAUCUAUGAUAGAUAUGAAUGAAUCGAGUGACAAUUACAGACCUACCUACAUAUAUAAUAAACAAUGAAUUUACCGGAAAAGUCUCGUGAUUGUGAUAAAUAUUUUAAUUAUGUGAAUUAUAAUAAUAUUAUUAGAAUAGUUAAUAUUUUAUACAUCAUUUUUAGGAAUAAGAAACUAAACGUGUUUUCUUUUAAGUAUUUUGUUAUCAUUUUUAGUUGAAUUUUCAUUUUAUUGAUUUUAUUUUAGUAUUUCGUUGAUGUAAUUAUCUUUCAUGUAAUUAAAUUCAAACUAUUUAUAUAUCUGGCUGUUUAAGAUGAUGAAAGAUUAUUAAUUUUAUUAAAGUAAAAAUACGUAUUAUUAAAUGUAUUUUUUCUAACAUAUUGUAUUUUUUCGCUAAUAAGGUGAAAAAUUGUAUUUGUCACACGAGAGCAAAAUAUUUCGCUUCUUGCGACUUUAAAUCCCUCACAAGGCUCGGGAUACUAACUCGGCACUCGUAGCGAAAAACGGAUUUUGCUCUCUUGUUGAAAAAAUAACUAUUAUAUAUAUAUAUUAGAUAUAAGUACUAACCAAAUGAAAUUAGCUACAAUUAUUAAAUAUUUUAUAAGCAUUUAUUUUUAAAAUGACUUAGAUUCAAAUUGAAUCUAAUUGUGAUAUUUUAUACUUUUUAAAUAAAUAAAAAAAAAUCAACACACUGUAGGGUGAUGUUUGACUAGCUGAUGGCGCGUGGUUUUACCCGCGUGGUUCUCGUUCCCGUUGGAAUAUGGGAUAAUAUAUAACCUAUAGUCUUCCUCGAUAAAUGGGCUAUGUAUCACUGAAAGAAUUUAUCAAAUCAGUUAGUGAAUGCAAAUACCUUCUCACUAUAGACGUCAAGCGGUUUUUUUUUAAAUUUCGUGAAGAAUGACCUUUUGCAUUUAUAUAAUGAGCAGUGGCGUGCACUUCAUACAUGCAUUAAAGUGAUGCAUACCCUAAGAGUUGUCUUCUUAGUGCUUAUUAUAGACAAUUUUUUCCAGUUUUUAUUACUAGUGCAUACCCUGAUCGACAACCUUAUGCACGCCACUGAUAAGGAGGUGCCCAUCGGCUCGAACCAAAAACAGAUUUAAAAUACUGUGUCGGGGAUUUAAAAUACUGUUAAAAAAAUAUACAAUUUUCACUCAUAGAAGCACAGAUUUGAAAAUAAUCAUUAUUUGAUCUGUGCAUAGAAGUUAAAAAUCUCUCUAGAUACAUCGAAUUCUAUUUAAUGGAUAGUAUUAGAUUUUUUUUUAAAUAAUAUCAUUGUAUCAUUUUUUUAUAAUUAAAAAAAAAAUAACUAGUUAGUGUCUGCUAACUUGUCACUAAAAUUAAAUGAAGUGAAAAUAAAUGUCAAACAUUUUUUUAAAUCAUAAGACCAGCAUGACUAUAAACAAAAUGACAAUUAUUGCCUAUUAAAUAUGUAAUGAAUUUAAAUUAUUAAAUUAAUUUAUUUUAUUUAAUUAAUGUAUGGCGUAAUAUAUAAUGUUGCUAAUUUUAUUGUAAACAUUUUAAAUGUACUUAUUCAAAUAUCUGCAGCUUUGUAUACAAUUAUAAUGAAAUUAUAUGUAUACUAGCGGACUCGCUCAAGCUUCGCUUUGACUUAUUAAUUUAUUUAUUUGCACUUCUUCCCUACCCCUACCCCUACCCUACCCCUACCCUACCUCUACUCUACCCCUACCCUACCCUACCCUACAACUACCCUACCACUACCCUACCCCUACUCUACCCCUACCCUACCCUACCCUACAACUACUCUACCCCUACCCUACCCUACCCUACCCCUACCCUACCCUACCCCUACCCUACCGCUACCCUACCCCUACCCUAUCCCUAUACCAUACCCCUACCCUACCACUACCCUAUCCUAGGAUUUAGGGGUUUGAAAAAUAGAUGUUGGCUGAUUCUCAGACCUACUGAAUAUGCACAAAAAAUUUCAUCAAAAUCGGUCGAGCCGUUUCGGAGGAGUUCAAGUUCGAACACCGCGACACGAGAAUUUUAUAUAUUAGAUAAGUCACACUCAUAAAUGCCCUAUAUAAAAAGUACUCUGUGGUUGAACUAUAUACAGGGUGCUGUGUAUUUCUCAUAACGCUGGGAUUAUAUUCUUUACCGAAAAUUAAUUAAAAAGUAUUCAAAGAACAUGUGUUCUUUGAACACUUUUUAAUUAAAAGUUAUAUUUUCGGAGCAAAUAAUAUUUCUUUUGUAAAUUAAAAUAUUUAUUUCCCUUAUACAACGCAUACAUAUACUUAUAUUAGGGAUGAUGACAGUUAUUUAAAUUGUAUAUAAAUUAAGAGUACGCUAAUAGUAAAGCAAUUUUGUAAAAGUAACAGGGUAUCUGCGAUCAUUACUUUCGGAGCUACAGGGAUUUAAAGGGUCGGAUUUGCGGCGCUGACGCGGAUCCCUGAAAAACGCCCCAUAAAAAAUGGUACGAAUUAAUGACGUAGGUGCAUAAUGAUCGUUAGAUUUGUAUGGGCGAACAAAUAAAAUAACUAAUAUAUUUGUUAUUAAAAAAUGUCACAUUUAAUGUAAGGAAGCUAAAACUGUAUGAAUUUUGAUCUAAUUACGAUAAAAGAUUUUUAAUAGAUUUUGAAAUUUUUAUAAUCUUAUUUAUUUUGCAAAUAUCCAGACAAUCUUUGUACAAUGUGUAAAUGUGACAAUGUAUAAAUUAGUUAACAUUGACCUUAUUUACCCGAAUGUAUCAUAAAAAUCAAUAUAUUCAAACCUAGUCAUCAUCCCUAAUUUAACGUAGCCAAACUUUAGUAAUUUUAAAAAGCAAGGCGUGGAUUGUUGGUAUUAUUUGAAUUACUUUGUAUGAAAACAUAAAAAGUUUUUAUUUUUUAGUUAAAAAAAUAUUAUUUAAUUAAUUACUUAAUAAUUAAAUUAAUUGAAGUUAUGGGAAAUAUUCCCGAGCACCCUGUAUAUGUGUUUAUUUUAUUAAUAAAUUUUCGAAAGCAUUUUUUGUGUAUAUGACACUGUAAAAUUAUAAAUACCAUUGGAUUUAUAAUGUAUCUUGAAUCUAGAAAUUAAGUGACUCAGAAACCAAUGUUUAGGUUAGGUUAGGUAUUUUUUAUUUCUUUCUUCCUUAUAAUCUACCGAAUAAUAACAUGUUAAAUUGUAAGCAGUUGCGGUUCACAAUCUUUCGACAGUUCACAAUCUUCCUAUAUAGAUUAUAAUUUAAACCUGCUUACAAUUUUACAGUGACAUAUAUACUUAACGUUAGUAAAUUUGUGAUAAUCGCUGGUUUUAGGAAUUGUAAAUUUACACAGAAAUAAAAAAUGUUGUAUCAAA